GUUACACGUCAGUAGGGAACCUGUACUGGUGACUGGACGUGUGCAGUGCGCGUCAGCCGGCUCCCGGAUGCACCGAACAGAAACAUGGAACGGGUAGUGGUGGAACUACCGAUCAACAACGCUGCAGAUUACCGGUUGCUGGCACUUGUACACAGAGGAGCUCAGCCGUGAGAGAGCUGCUGUCAUCUGUCAAACAGCAGUCCUGCAACAACUGAAACUGCUGUCACAUUUACCUCUGCACCGAGAACACAGGCCAUACUUACUCUCCAACAUAACAUCUAUUAGUCAGCAUUUUAAACUUUAUUGUCAUUGUACAGAGUAGGCCUACUUUAGUAUCUGGUUUGUUAGUUAUAUGUAUGGUAGACAGUAAUGUAGUUGUAAAAUAUUCCACAGUUUGUAUUAAAGACCUUAUGCUAUGAUUCAGGUAAAUAAGAAUCAAAGCACUAACAUACGCCCAAGUUUAGGACUUGACCUGUAAUGUUAAUAAUAAUAAUAAUCAUAACACAAUUAUUAUUAUUAUUAUUAUUAUUAUUAUAUAAUUGUGUGUUUUAACUUACUUUUUAGGAACCAGACCCUUAAUGUCAAUAAUGUACUCUUUUCAUUAUUUAACUUUACUGUAUUUCAAAGUAUGACUUUAUGCAGUAUCUAUUCCUAACUUCAGGAUUUUCCCUCGCCGGCACCUCCACAGCUCCACGCAAGCGCCAGGUUCGUUUUUCAGCUCGUCAUGACAUCAUCCUUCUGCGAGAGGUCAUCGCCCAGAACCCCUUCGCCUCAAAGGAGCCAGGACGGAUCUGGGCCCGUGUUGGUGAGAUCAUCACUGCAGCUCUACAAGAUGAGAACUUUGAGGUGGACGCCAGGAGGUGCAGAGAGAGGACCAUGCUGCUGCUGGACUACUACAAGAAGCAAGACUUCCCCAGUCUGCGCAGAUUUGGAACAGAGAGGUUGUACGCUCAAAAGGAAGACCUGCUCCAUGAGGUUUUGGAGCUGGAGGCGGAGAAGGGGCUUCUGGCCGGCGGGGAAAACACAAAGUACCAGGACGACGAACUAAGAAAGCGAGCCCUCGAAGAACUAACUCUACCUGAGCAGGACAAACCCAACAUCACCAUCACACAAACACACACUACAGAACCAGAAGAGGACCGCGAGGAGAUGGCAGAGCUCUCUGCGGCGCCCACAGCUAAGCGGCCCUGCCAGUGCUGCUGCCAGACCUACUCUGAGAUCCUCAGCUUCCUGGAGAAACGCUCAGAAGCCGAGCAGCGGCUACGAGAGGAGGAGCUUUCCCUGCGCCGGGAGGAGCUGGAGAUUCAAAGGAGUCAAAUCAGUCUGGAGAGGGAGCGUCUGGGAGCUGAGAGAAAAGAGAGAGAACGGAGAUUUGAGCUGGAGAGCCAGGAGCGGCAGGUCAUCUUGGACCUGUUAAAAGAAAAGGUGCUGAAAAGCUGACCAACUGCAUUUAAUGCAAUGUGGGAAAAAACGAUGGUUGAUUGCUUAAAAGAGGAAGAAACCCUCGGAAAGGGAAGUGAAAACAUCAAUAAUUGUAGGUUGUUAAAUGCAGGUCGUCGUAAAAUAACCAAAUAAAAUGGAGGGCAGUAAUACAAGAUUUGCUGAUGACACAACAGCAAAACAAAUGUUGUGAGUGUCUGUAGGCACUAACUGUAAGUGUGUUUGGUGCACAAAGUAGCAAUCUGCAGACAGUGUUUAAAGCUGCAAUAUUUGCCAGCCUCACUGAGCUGACCCAUAUUGAUACACACAAACUCCCUUUGUUUUCUUCCUCAUGGCAUAACCUGUUUAAAGAAAUAGAAGUGCUGCAAUUGAGUGUCACCUAAGGAGUGGAAGAAAGGUGUGUCGAUCGGAAUCGGUGAAGCCAAAUCUGGCAGACGGGCAGGAUCCCCGGGUUGUUGUUAUGUAUUUUUGUUCACACUGUGAUAGACAGCUUUUUGUGGUGCUGAAUUGAGGAACAACUAAGGAAAGUUGUUUAUUCCUAUAGUUGACAAUGAUGUUAACAGGAUGCUCUAUCUUUUGAAACCCUUUAGCAUUUACUAUAUCAAUUACUUUAUUUAUGCUUCAUUUAGCCACUACUUUUUUUUUUUCAAAUAGAUUUUUUUUAAAUUGAAGUCAAACUAAAGAAAAUGUCUCUGACUGGGAAUCUACCGCACAUUGACAUGAAGACACUUUUAUACUGCAAUUAAAGCCAAUAAAUGUUCAUCCAUAUUCUAUAGAUUGUAUAAAAACUAUAAACGUUUUUUUUAACUGAUGUCAAUAACUGUUAUUUUUGCUAUAAGUUAGCUUUGAGACUACUGUGUCCUCAGUUGAAUGUGUUACACCCAGGUAUAGUUAACUGUCAUUAGAUACAUUUGCAAUAUUACAUAAUCUACUAUUUUAUCACAUGUGACUUUCUGUUUAUUGUUCAUAUGAAUGUUAUUUUUCUUCCAAGUUCUCAUAGCAUAGCAGAUGUUGUAUACAAUGAAAGAAUGUAAAGAAAAAGUUACUACUAAUUUCUAUUCUGAAAAUAAAUUAAAAACAAAGCUA